GUAAGAUUAUCCAUGUAGCCAAACAGAUACGAAGCCGUGCUCGUUUCAGCGAAUUUUUAAAACCCCCCAUGGACAAGAACGAGCCAUUGCCGCAAAGCAAGGAAUCUAAACACAGAGAGCUUUUGGAUUAUUACUUUGAAACAGAAAGACUCUUCAGAAACCAGAACCAGAAGAACCAACCAGAAUCUCUCUCUUUCUCUGUCAAUUUUUUUUUGUUUUUAAAUUUAAUUUGAGUGGUGAGAAGUGCAAAAAAGAAAAAAAUGGCGGAAGCGAAAGAGUCGACUUCUAUACCACUGAGUCAAGCCGACCCCGAAGACGAAGCCAAGUCGCCGCCGAGCUCCCCCAAUUCUUCCACUCGCAAGGCUUGCUAUGCAGUUCUUCAGAGUUGGGUUUCGAAGAAGUUCAUGACUGGAAUUGUGGUUCUCUUUCCUGUUGCUGUUACUUUCUUCAUUACUUGGUGGUUUAUUCAGUUCGUAGAUGGUUUCUUCAGUCCAAUGUAUGCAAGACUUGGGAUUGACAUAUUUGGUCUUGGAUUUGUUACCUCACUACUAUUUAUAGUCUUAGUUGGUAUAUUCGCUUCAUCAUGGAUGGGUGCCACUGUAUUCUGGCUGGGGGAAUGGUUUAUUAAAAAAAUGCCCUUUAUGAGGCACAUCUACUCAGCGUCCAAACAAAUUAGUGCUGCAAUCUCUCCAGACCAAAAUACUACUGCUUUUAAAGAGGUUGCAAUUAUUCGUCAUCCUAGACAUGGUGAAUAUGCAUUUGGUUUCAUUACAUCUUCUCUUAUACUUCAGAGGGAUGAUGGAGACGAGGAAUUAUGCAGCGUUUAUGUCCCAACAAAUCACCUAUAUAUUGGAGACAUUUUUCUGGUUAAUUCUGAAGAAGUUAUAAGACCAAAUUUAUCCAUUCGAGAAGGCAUAGAGAUCAUAGUUUCAGUUGGUAUGACAAUGCCACAAAUGAUCUCUCCUAUCGAAAGGAUUCAACGCCAAAACGAAAGGAUCCCCCUGAGCAGAAUAAUCUCUCUUUAGGGAAAAUAAUAUGAAAGUCCAUGUAUAGAUAGGUGAUUCUGCAACUUCCUUGUAUGUUUCUUAUCCUUGGUUCUCUUCAAUUCAUAUAUGGUUUUCGCUGGUAAUAUGAUGCUAGGUCCAGCGUCCCCCUGAUAAUUUAUGGAAAAAGCUUCAAGUUUUGUCAUCGACAUGAGGGAGGGAGUUUUUUUUUUUUUUUUUUUUUUUUUUUUUUUUUUUUAAUAUAAUUAUUUGUUUCCUUUGGCUGAAAAUUUGUUGUGUUUUUAAUCAGACCAUCAUGUAUAGGUAAGGGCCAUUUUUUCUUUUCCCUCUCUCUCUCUAAACCAAUCGUGUAAAUCAGAUUAGUUUCUAUAACCGUCUUUAUGUGUUUUUUAACAUAACCCUUGGAUUUAUUACUA